GAAACCGGAACUAACGCUACUUUUAUCGAUCAUGACGUGAGAAUGGCGACAUCGACCAACCGGAAUGUCGUGGGUCUUGUCUGAUUGACGGCCGCGUCUCUCACCUGCUCGCGGGAAAAUGGUUUCAGUUGCCCUCCUUCCGUCCAGUCAGCCGCGUACCUGAGUUCUUCGCACUUUGAGCGGUUUGCCUUGGCAGCGGCGGCCCAUCGCAUUCCUGUGAGUGCCCUAGCCAAGUUUUGAACUCGAGUCGUCGAGGGAUAUCGAAGCAAUGGUGGUGAAGAACAUUUGCUGCAUUGGUGCGGGUUAUGUGGGGGGACCCACGUGCAGCAUCAUUGCCUACAAGUGCCCAAGCAUCAAGGUGGUUGUCACUGACAAGAGCGUCGACCGAAUCAAGCAGUGGAACUCGGACAAGCUCCCAAUCUACGAGCCAAACCUGGACAAAAUCGUGAAGGAAUGCAGAGGCCGAAACCUGUUUUUCUCAUGCGACAUCGAGCAGGCCAUUGACGAAGCCGACCUCAUUUUCAUCUCUGUGAACACCCCCACAAAGAACUACGGGUUUGGAAAGGGAAGAGCAGCGGACCUUCAGUAUGUGGAAUCGGCCGCACGAUCAAUCGCGGAGAAAGCGCAGAGUCCCAAAAUUGUCGUCGAGAAGAGUACUGUGCCCGUGAAGGCCGCCGAGAGCAUCAGCCGUAUUCUCAAGGCAAACAUCAUGCAGGGUGUCAAGUUCCAGGUACUCUCCAACCCGGAGUUUCUGGCCGAGGGAUCGGCAGUGGCGGACCUGCUUCAUCCCGAUCGGAUCCUGAUCGGCGGAGAGCAGACGCCGGAGGGCCUCGCAGCCAUCGAAGAGCUCUGCUCCGUCUACAGGCACUGGAUCCCCGACGAGAAGAUCAUCACGAUGAACACUUGGUCCUCAGAACUCUCUAAACUGGCAGCCAAUGCAUUCCUAGCCCAACGAAUCUCUAGCAUCAAUGCCGUGUCUGCCAUCUGUGAGCUGACCGGUGCAGACGUGUCGGAAGUGGCACACGCCAUCGGCAGUGACAGCAGGAUAGGCCCCAAGUUUUUGCAGGCCAGCAUUGGCUUUGGAGGAAGCUGCUUCCAGAAGGACGUGCUCAACCUGGUCUACUUGUGCGAGUGCCUCAAGCUCCCGGAAGUGGCCAACUACUGGUACCAGGUGGUGGAGAUGAACGACUUUCAGCGAACCCGGUUUGCUCAACGCAUCAUCGAGCGUCUCUUCAACACUGUCGCAGGCAAAAAGAUAGCCGUUCUCGGAUUUGCCUUCAAGAAGAACACUGGCGACACUAGAGAGUCUCCUGCCAUUUACGUGUGCAAGCAUCUGCUUGAAGAAGGUGCAUUCCUCAACAUAUACGACCCCAAGGUCCCGAAGCAGCAAAUAAUUGAUGAUCUCACGUCCAGGGCUCAAGAUGACAGGGUGUUGUCCCAGCUGGAGAUCUCCCAAGACCCUUACACGGCUACGCAGGACACUCACGCCGUGGUCAUCUGCACGGAAUGGGACGAGUUCAAGGUGCUCGACUACAAGAAGAUCUACGACAGCAUGCUGAAGCCGCCCUUCCUGUUUGACGGACGGCGCAUCGUGGAUGUAGCCGAGCUCGAGAAGAUAGGCUUUCAAGUUGAAGCCAUUGGACAGAAGACCGCACGCUACGGUCCCAACAGGCUCUUUGCGAACAACAUGUGAACUGCAUUGACAUCGCGCACUGCCUUGAACACACAUCACGUUGUGUGGCAGCGCUCUAGCCUUGUUAGUUAUUGGCCGAUUCGAAUUCCUCAUUGGAUCUCGGAACAUAUCGUGCGCGUGCUGUUUGAGGUCUACCUCGGCGCUGCGUCUUGUAACUGAAUAGCUGUACUGUGUUUGGUAGAUCUCUUUCUAAAAUGGAUGCCGUCUAAUGGUUCAUGCAGCAGCUCAUAUUGUUCUUUGUUCUUGGCAGCGACAGUUAUGCAGGUUAUCUUAAUGAACAGAAUCAGUCGUAAUCAACAAUAAUGAUUAUACCUAUACUUCCGUGCAAUUCCAGAAGUUCCAAGUUCUUCGGUGUGUAGAGGGAAAUUUCACCCUGUCGACAGUUUUGCAAAUCAGCAUGAUUCAAAGUUGAGUUAUUGUUUCUUCUUUUUCCUAAAUAUAGUGGAUUGUGCUGUUAGAUUACAAGUUUUUAUCACUGUCCGAAAGCUUGAGUUCUACUCUUUCUUUUUUCAAGAUGCCUUUGCAACUGGGAACAAUUUAGUUUGGUAGCUUUCUCUGUUGGCCCUUGUUUGCUUGUCAAACAUAUAUCUUGAAUACUGUUUUGUACUUUAUUUAUUCAGUCAAAAGGUGUUUUGUUCAGUAUAAAGCCAUCGACGGUGUGCAACAAUGGUGCAUGACAUUUUUUAAUGCAUGGAACGACUGUAUCUUAGUACGGCCAAAUGGGCCGAGGAGCGAAGGCCAGUGUCUUUCUCGGUGUUUUAACUGCGUGCACUGUGUCAGUUAAGCUAUUUCCAAGUGUUCACAGCAUUGCCCAUCAUGAUGAUUCUUUGAUCUAAAACUGUGUAGAGGAUGUACGGUUAAGAACCUCAUUUUAGCCAAGCAGCGAAAGAAACAAACUUCUAGACAUUUUUCGUGGGGAUUUCGUUAAACCUUUGUAUUGUGAACGGGUUAUUUAAUUUUCCUGAGCUUUCAGCCUUUCCUGAAGGUGUUUGGGAUAUCUUCAGUAUAUCAUAAUCGAGAGUUGUUUCUUUUUAGGAGUCGUACUCUCCUGUAUUACAACGUCGUAUAACCCGUUUGUAAUCAAGGAUGUUGUGCUCCUGCGUUUUACUGGGGAGUUUCCAAUUUUCGAACAAAGAUAGCUGUUUCGGAAAGCUUUAGGACUUCUCUUUUUUCUUUGGCAUUGCUCGUACAAGUUUGAGUUUCUUUUCCACCGGAAGAACCUCGGAGUGUCAAUCAGCGUCUCUGCAAAUCUCAUCUCGCAAGUCGGAAAGCGCCAUACUUUGAACGCACUUUGCGGUGCUUCUGUGGCACCCUGCCCAAAUAAACCUAUUUUUCUUAUA